AUGGGCCGCACUCGUCCUGGCAUCGACACGCGCAAGUCGUCGACACUGCAUUAUCAGACGUUCCCCAUAAGAGCACCUAGCACUCGCGGUCGCCCACUAGGCUCUCAAGCCUCGCCCUCGGGCAACCAAAGCCACGGCUCCGACUCAGACGACAGCCAUCAUGAGUCCCCGCUACCGACCCGGCAGCUCGCUGUCCUGGCCGUCAUCGCUCUCGCCGAGCAGACAGCCCUCAACUCGAUAAGCCCGUACCUUCCCGAGAUGGCGAAAUCGUUCCCCGAAGUGAAGGAUGGCCAGGCAGGCUUGUACGUGGGAUUGAUCGCCUCGUCGUUUGCGCUUGCCCAGUUUGCGACAAACUUCUUCUGGGGAUGGCUGUCGGAUCGCAUCGGACGAAAGCCGGUUGUGAUAACUGGGACCUUCUUGACGCUUCUGUGCUUUGUAGCCUUUGGUUUCUGUCGCACGCUGUGGCAGGCAAUACUGGUGCAGGUCUGCAUGGGUCUUGUCAAUGGUAACGCCGGUGUGGUCUCAACCUGCCUGGGCGAGAUAACAGACCGUAGCAACCAGUCCAGAGCAUUUACCUAUUUACCGGUCGUAUACGGUCUCGGCGCCAUCACAGGCCCUAUUGUGGGUGGUGUGUUGGUUAUGGAGCACCAUCCUUUCCACAAAGAUCGUCCGAAUCCGUACCCAUAUAUUUUCCCCUAA